UUCUUCCCGCUUGCAGGCUCGCCGCACUGCACGCGAGAGUCCUGCCUCUUCCGCGACGGCAUGAGCAGCACGCCCGUCUUUGCCGACAUGGACGCCAUCGUCAUCGGCGUGUCGCAGGACCCGCCGGACCGCUCGAAGCGCUUCGUCGAGGAGCUCUCGCUGCAGUACCGCGUGCUGUUCGACGAGGCACGCAAGACGAUGGACGCGUACGGCGUGGGGCGCGCGCUCGGAGGCCUCGUCGACAACCGCGUGACGUUCGUCAUCGACGCCACCGGCAUCGUGCGUGGCAUGGCUGUGGGCGUCUUCGAUGCCAAGGGCCACUUCAAGUUUGCUGAGAAGUGGCUCGUGCGCCUCGAGCACGAG